AGACCAAGAACAUUAAAUCCCGUGGUGAAAUGAAACUAAAUAUGAGGCACCAUCACGAGGCUGACUUCCUUCACUGUAAAAGAAUUUUGAACUAAACGACUUCCUUGUUUCGAAUUAUAUUUAAGUUUUCUCUUUUCAUAAUCGUACAUUUUCCUGUGAGAAAGCCGAAGAGAUGCUGCCUUUUGAGGAAAUCGUUGACGGAAUACACAGGUUUUGGAAGAAAAACCGGAGAGCCUACGAUUCUUACGAUCGCGUUAACCACCGCUAUACCGCGAUGAUCCUCAUGCUGUCAGCGGCGUUGGUCCUGAUAGUGACGUAUAUUGUAUCGGACCCCGUCUCGUGCUGGGUACCGGCCACUUUCACGCACGAGCAUGCGGUCUAUGCCAACCGCUACUGCUGGGUGAAGAACACAUACUUUUUGCCAUUUGAGGAACGUAUUCCGUCGGCAGAACUUCCUCGGGCGCACAUCGGUUAUUACCAGUGGGUGCCUCAUAUUCUGCUGUUUCAAGCCGUAUUGUUCUGCAUUCCCGGAUAUCUCUGGCGGUUUCUUAGUAAAACUACCGGGAUUGACAUCCAUAUGAUAGCACAAACCUUAAAUACACAGGAGUGCCUAGACCCUCUAAAGAGGAACGCGGUUAUAAAGCCUAUUGCUCUACAUCUGGCUGGGUGCUUCAGUUCCCGCAAAAGACGGACAAACUCUACAUGCCUCAUGACUCCGUCAGAAUACCAUCUAGAAAGUUGCGAUUCAACCGAAACCGAGAGCUUUUCAAGGCAGAGAAUCCAAUCAACUGAGAAACCAAAUAAAUGCCAGGCAUGCAUGGUACAACACGGUCUUUGCCUGGGAAAGAAACAUGGCACUUACCUCGUCCCAAUAUUUUUCCUGUGCAAGAUGCUCUUUCUUGGCAAUUCAGUUGGCCAACUCUUCUUGCUGAAUUAUUUUCUUGGUACGACCUAUUCCGUGUAUGGUUUCAACGUUAUCAGUGAUUUGAUUGACGGCAAAGACUGGAGUGAAACAGGGCGAUUUCCAAGAGUAACUCUUUGUGAUUUCAAAAUUCGUCAACUUGGAGGCAACAUUCACCGCCACACGGUUCAGUGUGUGCUGUACGCCAAUCUUCUAAACGAAAACCUCUUCAUAUUCAUCUGGUUCUGGUUGGUGUUUGUGUCAUUCGUUAAUGUUUUCGGAAUCCUUCUUUCACUGAGCGUUGUAUUUCCCAGAGAACGGCUACGUUUUAUAACAAGAAAAUUGAAAUUUUCGAAGAAGAUAGACGUAACAGAUAAAAGAGACCUGAGCACUUUUGUCCAUAAGUAUCUCAGUCUGGACGGCGUUUUUGUGCUUAUGUUGAUCGGGAGAAAUAGCAAUGAUGUCGUUAUUUCAGAGCUAAUUGCGGAGAUGUGGGAACAUUACAGAGAGGAGUGUAAUUAACUUUUUUCAGCUGAUGGUAGAAAGUAAAACGGAAGAGAGAAAAGGAGGGAAGGAGUGAAAAACGGAGGGAAUAUAUCUGAUAUGUAGUGUUCUAGACACAUAUACUGAUUGUUGUCACUAACUUUGCAAUAUAAAUACGUAAUAAGAGAUAGUGAAUUAAUGUCCGAAAAUAGUCGAAUUUUGUUUUAAUUUUAAAUGGAAAAAUAAUUUCUUAUAAGCGUGAUACGUGUAUCAUUAGCAAAUUUAAUGACUAAUAAAGGUGCAUUUUCGAAGAAAAA